AUGAAUGAUCAUAGCAUUGAUAUUUCAAAUGCAAGUACGUCUAGUCAAGGUGCAGAUCAAUUUAUUGAAUUAGAAAGUAGUGCAACAAAUAAUUCUAGUCCUGCAAUUCCCAAUGUAACAGAAAGUUUGAAAGGAGCCUCAAACCAGUUUUUAAAUAAGCUCUACUCGUACAAAGGGAUUCCUAGAAAUUUUGUUCAAACUAUAGUCUCAGAAGUUACUGAACUAAUAGGUAAUAGUGUGUCUUCUGUGAAAAAAGCAAUUCAGUUGGAACUGCAUGGAACUGGUGUUUCCCCUGUGACUCUUUCAAAUGUCAACAAAUAUUUAGAUGUACUUCAAAAUCCCUUUCGAGGUUUGGACUCUGACUAUUUAAGACUUAAGAAUUUCAAACAGGCACCAACCUGGGUAGAUCCUGAAGAUCUUGUUAUUGGUGAUGGUGAAGAUUUGACUGCUUGCAAAGUUAUCCCCAUUGGAGUUAAGAUGUCAUACAUCCCAAUUGCCAAGUCUUUAAAGGGUUUUUUGGAAUUACCGGGCAUGUUUGCCUAUAUUAUGAAUUAUAUGAAUGAAUUAAAUUCUCAAAUAGAUAAUAGUGUAUCAAAUUUUAUCCAAAGUAAAUUGUGGAAAUCCAAAAUUAAGGAUUUAUUGGGAAUUCAUAUUCCCUUGUUUUAUUUCUACGAUGACUUUUGUGUGAACAACAGCUUGGGCCCUCAUUCAGACACUGGUAAAUUAGGUGGAGUUUAUUGUAGUAUACCUGUUCUACCCCCCAAAAUAAGAUCUUUGGUAGAUAAUAUUUUUGUUAUUUUGCUCUUCAAGUCUAGUGACCGAGAGAUGUUUUCUAAUACUCCUGUAUUUUGUAAACUGAUCGAGGAACUGAAGGAACUUGAAGUGAAUGGUAUAGUGCUUAACAUAGAUGGUCUUGUUCAUGUUGUACAUUUUCAUUUAGGUCUAAUUAUUGGGGACAACCUUGGUGUCAACUCUAUGUUCGAUUUUGUCUCCAGCUUUACUGCCAAUCAUUGCUGCAGAUUUUGUAAAAUCCACAGAGAUGCACUACACUUUGCCUCAACGGAAGAUCCUAUGUUGCUCAGAAAUGAAGAUAAUUAUUCUGCUGACGUUAUAACUAAUGACCCCUCUUUAACAGGGGUAAUCGAAAACUCAGUUUGGAAUAGCCUUCCUAAUUUUCAUGUCACCCAGAAUCUAAGUGUUGACAUAAUGCAUGACUUAUUUCAGGGAUCUCAUAAUUAUGGCUGUGCUAAAGGUGAAAAUAGGCCGUCCUCAAAUAUUCGUGAUGAAAACUUAAAAGAAGGUCACUUUAAAAUGUCUGCAAGUGAAAUGCUCAGUUUUGUAAUGAAUUUUUCUAUGAUGGUAGGUCACUUAGUUCCUAAAGGAGAUCCUGUAUGGUACUUCUACACUCUGCUUCGACAAAUUUUGGAUAUUGUUUUGUGCCCCUAUGUUACUCCCUUUCUUUGUGAUCUUUUGGACAGUGUGGUUGCAGAACAUAAUCAUCUGUAUUAUUUCUUGUUCAAAGACACACUGAAACCGAAGCACCAUAAUCUGGUGCAUUUUUCAAGAAUCAUGUCCAUGGUUGGACCGUUGGUGCACACUUGGUGCAUGCGGUUUGAAUCUAAAAACAGAGCACAGACUGUUGCAGCGCAAGCUACUCGUUCUCGCAAAAAUGUAACAAAGACAUUGUCUAUACGGGAACAAAUCACUCAAGCUACUAAGAAAAAUCCUCUUUCUAUUUGUGAUGUUGAAUUCAGCCCAUUAAAACAUCUCGAUGUGUUAGGUACUGAUUCAGAAUUUUUGAAAUUUGUUCCUUAUCUGCCUGAUGGUUUGACUAAGUGGAUGUGUGCUUCAUAUGUUAGAUGUAAGGGUACUGAGUAUAAGCUCAACUCAUAUGUUUAUAUUGACAUGAAAGAUAACGGUGGCCUUCCACUGUUUGGAAAAAUAUGCUACAUUAUUGUCAAUGAGCAUGAAGAUUUCAGACUUCUUGUUAGUUCUUUUGAUACAAAAUAUUUUUGUCAUCAUUUUCAUGCAUUUGUUAUUGAUCAGUCAAGAUAUGACUUAAAGUGUGUAAAAGUGGAGGAGUUAAUACAGCCUCAGGUAUUUAAUGAUACCUUUAGCGAAGGCUCUUUGUACUUGACUGCAAAGCACUUUGUUUGA